CCCACUGAAACUGGUGUUACUUCCGCGCUGGCAUCAGUACGGAAGUUCCCUGGUUGUGACUGAGAGGAGCUGCGUUGGUCUACUGCAGAAGUGCGCAGGGAAAGCAGCCUUGAAGUCCGUGACCCAUCAAAACAACUAAACUUGCCUUGCCUUGCCCUGCUAUGCACAUAAACUGGUCUGGUCUGCUCUUCAGGAACAACUAGACGGUGAGUUGUUGGCCAAGUCCCGGUCUGUUCCCUCAUAGUUAAACAGAAUCUACGUAUAAGUAUAGAAAUAGUCUUCAAUAUCCCUCCCCUACUCCCACUAUAGCAGGCAAUUCAGCCAAGAGAAAAUGGAUCGUCCAACAUCCCCGGACAAAAUUCACUCUCUUGAAAGUUCAUCAGAAGGCCUGACAACUAGUAGUAGUGACAUUCCAAUGACUGUCUCGUUGGAUCCCUCCAGUGAUCAGGAUAAAUUCAAGAACAUUGAAAAUAUAAGAAGUACCUCAACCGGUUCAAGAUUUACAUCAGACUUUGAUGUUACUGGAAAGCUCGGCAAAGGAGGCUUUGGUCGUGUUUUCACUGCAAGAAAAAAGCUCUUGGACAAGCAAUAUGCCGUUAAGAUUGUCCGUGCAACAGAAAAGGCUCAGCGAGAGGCAAAGGCCUUAUCAGACCUCCAACACCCGAACGUUGUCAGAUACUAUGACUGCUGGAUGGAGGAUUCAAAAUAUCGAAGCAACUUCGGCUCCGGCUCCAGCUCCGGCUUCAGCUCCAGCUCCUCUAAUUCUAACAGUAACUCGCGUCCGCUGUACCUCUAUAUAAUGAUGGAAUUAUGUUGCUCUGAAACACUUAAACACUGGAUAAACAAGAGGAAUGAGACUCCUCUGCAAGACUCACAGAGAAGAGCACAAAGUCUUUCCAUUCUCCAACAAAUUGUCAGUGGAGUUGAGUACAUUCACUCUAAGAACUGCAUUCACAGGGACCUAAAGCCCGCCAAUAUCAUGUUUGGAAAGGAUGACGUGGUGAAGAUUGGGGACUUUGGUUUGGUGGCUACAGAAAUUGAGGAUGAUGACGGCAACCUGAUGAAGAGGACAAAAGAACAAGGAACCAGAUCUUAUAUGGCUCCUGAACAAAUGACCGAUACAUACGGCCAUAAAGUGGACAUGUUUGCUUUGGGGCUGAUCUUCUUUGAACUUCUUUGGAAAAUUUCAUCUGGUCAUGAAAGAGCAAAGUUAUUUGCUGAUGCAAGAAGCCAGAGGUUUCCUGAAGAGUUUUCACAAACUUUCCCCCAAGAGUGUCGAAUAAUUAAGUUGCUGCUGUGUGAGCAGCCAGAAGACCGACCUUCAGCAGGUGCAUUGAAGUUGGAGUUGGAAAAUUAUGCUGCCUGAAAAAGGGACAAUCUCCUGGUAGCUUUUGAAAAGCUAAAUGAGCACAUGGAGACCGCCUGUAAUUUGCAAACAAAUUUUGAUGGAUGUUCUAAUUUCUUUGAAAAUGUUUUAACAAAUUGCACUUUUAUGUGCAGGAGAUUAAAUCAUGAAAAAUUAGCUUGUGCAUGCAAUCAGGAAAUAUGAAUUUCAAAUUAUAACUGUAUUUUUAGGCCAACACUGCACAAAUAUUUUUUAGCAAAACCGUGUUUGAGUAUGAAAGGCCUCCUCUACAGUACAGUAGUCUUGGUCAGUUCUGUAGGCUUUUUCUAUGCCGGUUCUACUCAUGUACUGUAAAAACAAUGGAUGCAGCGUCAGUUAUGUGAUUCUUACAUGUUCUACUUAACGUGCCUUUGGUGUUAUUUGUUAGAGGUCAUAUUUUAUUGUACUGUUGAUAUCCAUUAUUGUGUUUUUUUGUUAUAUGUUAAUUGAAACUGUAUAUUGUAAUUUGAAAUGUCUUUGCAGUUGUUAAGGGAAAAAUGUUUAGACAUGCUAAGUGGUUUUGAACAUAAAAAUUGUAUUUACAAUUGUAUUGUAUUCGAUUUUAAUGUUCCUUUACUAGUUUUUACUAGUGCCUUAAUGGUCUUGGGCCUUCUUAUUUGUCUGCACUACUUUUACCCUAUCAACCCUCGCGGACCCUGAGGUCCUCCGGUGCCUUUUAACGAUACCAAGAGUCAGAACCAGGACACACGGGGAGGCGGCAUUCAGUUUUUAUGGUCCCCGAUUGUGGAACAGCCUCCCGGAGAACCUCAGGGCCGCAGAGACUGUUGAUGUUUUUAAAAAGAGGCUCAAGACCCAUCUCUUUAAUCAGGCUUUUAACUGACUCAUUUAACUCUUUUACAUUUUUUAUGCUCACCCCUAUUUUUAUUGGAUCUUACUACUCUGUUUUUUAUUAAUCUUUAGUUUAUCCUGUUUUUAUCAUAUUUUAUUUUCAUUGUCUUAUCUCAAUGUUAUAUCUAAAUGUUUUAGUCGUUAUUUAUGGCCUAUUUUAUACAUUCUACUGUCUUAUCUUUUAGUUUUUAAUGUCUCGCUUUCUACACAUACUUUUAGGAUUUUGUGUUAUGUUAUACUUUUUAAACUCUAUUAGUGUAUUUUAUCCUGCUUUCUUGUAGCUGCUAGUCCCAGUGUGUCCUCAUGGGGAGCCUCCAUGCUGGGAGUGGCUCUGGCCUGCAGGGGGUGGUCCUGGGGAUGGUUCUGGCCUGGAUGGUUCUGGAGCUCUGUACCACGGCUUUACCGCUGUGGUGUGGACUCCUCUAUCCGUCCGGGCCGGGAUGGUCUCUGUGGAGGAAACCCUUGCAGCUGCAGGCUAUGAGACCUCCUGACGUGGACGGCUCCCUGUUACCGUUUCCUCACCUGGAUCCUCUGUGCUCAGCCAUGUCUGCACCGUGUGUCUGCAUGUGUGUCUGUGUGUGUAACUUGGGUGAAUUGUGGUGUGCUUGUGUCUGUCUGUGUGUGUGGGGAGGGGGACAGGGCAUUAAUACGUUUUAUGUUUAUUUGUUUUAUGUAAAGCACUUUGUGUUGCAUUUUAUGUAUGAAAGGUGCUUUAUAAAUAAAGUUUGAUUUGAUUUAAA